UUAAAGAAAGAUAAAAUGAUACAUCAUGAGCAUCAUACGUGAAAUGGAGCCUAUAAAAGACAUUCGCAUCGCAGUAUUUUAUGGUUGUGACAAAUUUUUUAACUUAAUUGUCAACUUUUGUAACAGUUAAUAUUGAUUAAUAUUGCGAUUCAAGUGGGAAGAGUGACGCUUUUUUGUGUCUUUUUUUUACGUGAAAACAUCGAUUCAAACUAACAACAUUUUAGGUGUUCUUCUUAACAUUUAUCACUUCUUUGCAUUUUUUUUUAUUUUUAGAUAGAUUUCCUUAUACUGUAGAGAAAUUAAAUGAAGUGAUAAAUGUAUAUAAAAAUAUAAUAACAAUAAUUCCAUAGAAAUCAAGUCAAUGGAAGAUACUGCUAAAUAUACUGAUACUAAAGAUACUGUUAAAUCAUCAGAUGCAAUCCAAGAAGAAACAGCAUUUAAAUGGCCACAAGAAGCUACUCUCUUAUUAAUAGAAGAGUAUCGAUCACGGCAAAAUGAUUUUAUAAGUGGAAAGACGUCUCAAAAGAAGAUAUGGUUAUUAAUUGCCGCAAAAAUGCUAAAACAUGGUUACAAAGUUAGUGGAGCACAAUGUUUAUCAAAAUUUUCUGGUUUGAAGAGAACAUAUAAAGCAGUCAAAGAUUAUAAUAAAAGGUAUGGCAGUGGAUCAAGAACAUGGACAUUUUUUCCUCUUAUGGAUGAUUUACUUGGAAUGAAAUCAUCUAUGUCAUCUAUAACCACUGUAUCAUCGACUGGAAAAAGAUCACGAAUGGAAUCUAUAUGUAGUUCAUCUAGUUCAGAUAAAGAAGAAUACAUACAACCUAAAAAAAGUCGACGAACAACUACAAUAGAAAAAUUAAUACAAGAUUUUAAGAACACUAGUAAAAUCGCAGAAGAAGCUCAAGAGAGAAGACAUAGAGAAAAUAUAGAAUUACGCCGGAGACUUCUUAAUUCCUUUGAUAAAAUGUUAAAUAUUUUAGAAAAGAAAUGAUUUUUUAAUUAUAAAA